CGUGUGUACACAAAAAAAAAAAAAACAUUGAUAGCUGUUGAUAGCAUAUAUUCAAUCAUAUAAUUGAUUAAUUAAUUGAAGAUCAGGACAUCAGGAAACUGGAAAGUGAUAUAAAUACAUGUACCUAUACCAAUUGAAAGUUCAAGUGAUCAAAAACAUCAAGUAUUAAAAAAUAAUUCUUGUUUAUUUUAAAAAUACAUAUAUCAUCUUGUUUGUUUGUUGAAAAGUGAUUUGGAAAAAAUAACAUACAAUUAUUCAUCAAUUUGAAAUUGUUAAUAAACAUAACCAUCAAACAGACAAUAGAAAAUAUACCUAUAAAAUGGAGCAUCAUCAUAAAAGUUUAGAUCAUGCUCUUUCUAUGGAAAAUCGUUCAGCAAUUGCUCAACGUUCAACACCAGCACCAACUGACAAUGUUGAUAAUGAUGAUGAUGCUGAACGUUCACCAGGUUUCAGACUACUUGAUAAAAUAAAUAUGACACGAAUAACGGUAUCGGAUUUAAAAGCUGACGUUGCCAAAUACACCAAGCAAGUUGAAAAAAAUAAAAAAAAAUUUAAAAAUGCAAUACCACCACAAUUUAGUCCACGACAACUGUAUUCAAUACUGACUGAACGUUCAACAUCAGCACCAUAUGACUAUAUUAAUGAUGACGAAGCUGAACGUUCAUUACGACGCAAAAAAUCUCAUCUAUCAAAAAUAGAUGAUGAUUUUGCUAAUCAAUACAAUUUGGAUAUGGCUGCUAUUGCAAAUCACAUGGUGGAACGUCGUAAAAAAACUACAACACCAGCACCAAUUGAUGAUUUUGUUAAUUAUGAUAUUAAUGUCGAUGAUGAUGAUGAACAACUAAAUGAAGAAAAUAAUAAUAAUGAUGAUAAUAAUAAUAAUAAUAAUAAUAAUUCGAUGGUGACAGUGUUCGUAAAAGAAUUACAGGAAGCUAAAAAACAAGUUUCAAUGAUCCAAAUUCUAUUGGAUUCUGUAAUCAAUAAUAUCAAUGACGCCAAAAAACAUUCAUCUGUGCUUGAACGUCCCGAGUUAUUAACAAAUAUAAUACAAAAUAGUAUGAGACAAGAUUUAAAAACGUUGAUGGAAACUAUUGCAAUCGCUAGCAUAAACGCUGAUGUUUUGUGUAAUAAAGCAAGUGACAUAACUAAGUUACUUUAAAUAAUGAAAUAUUAUAUUUAUUUGGUGGAUGGGAUGAAAUGGUUGUCAAGAUUUAGCUGAUUUAUGGACAUAUAAUAUUAAAUUAAAUAAAUGGACACUAAUAUGUAAUAAAACUGAGCUUGUUGAUGGACCAAAAUAUCGUAAAAAAUCAAUGAACAUUAAUAUCAAUCCAAGAUUUGCACAUCAAUUAGUAUAUGAUAAAUAUAAAAAAAUAUUCAUGAUUUAUUUGGUGGUAAUCCUGGACGUUCAUCAUUACCAAAAUUACGUUUAGAUGAUUUUUGGACAUUAAAAUUAUGUCGUACAAGCAAUAGUAUUGAUCACUUGAAUAUUUACAAAAUGAUGUUUAUGAAAUUAUUAAUUAUAAUGAUCCAAUACAAACAAAAGAAUUUCAACUUUUAACAUCUGUAUUAUUUAAAUCAUCAUCAAGUAAUUCUCGUACAUCAACUGUUGAUGUUGAUCCAGUACACAAUAAAAGGGUUCAACUUUAUGAUAAAAUAUCAGAAUUUUCCCAGAGUCCAUGAACCAGCCUCGAGCUAAUCUGACUGACCUUUUACUGUGAUUAAAAUUAUUAUACUUUUUUUUCUCCUCCUUAUUGAUGAUGAUAUCACAGUCAUUUAUUAAAUUUUCAAUAUCAAUUAUUUAUUAUAUAUUAUAAACGUUUAUAUUUUUAUAAUUUUUUUUUUUUUCAAACUAUUAUUUAGUUGUUUAUAAAAUUGUUGUUCAUGAUGAUGAUGAUAAACUUUACUUUCCACAGAAAAAAAAAAAAAAAAAAA